ACCAAACUGAAAGCAAAAAGUCAGAUGGAGGUGGCAAAGGUCCGGGGCCCUCUGAAAGCCAAAAAUACAGACAGAGGUGCCGUUAGUCCGGAUCUUUCUCCUCUCCCAGAUUGGGCCCCGAAAAGUCGGGCCCCAACACCCUUGGAACGUCUUCCAGGGCUGCGGGGCGAGAAGUCCGAGCUCGUCAGCUCCUUCUUCGUCCCGCCCAAAUUCCAAACAACCUGGCUGAGCGCUCACAGAACAGACCUGGCUGAGCGCUCACAGAACCUGGCUGAGCGCUCACAGAACAGACAGAAUAAGGCAGAACGAGACAAAAUCAGACAGACAGACAGAUGCCGGCCGGCUUACCUCCCAGUGGGUGGUCGGUGGUCCCUGGGUGGAGGAUCUCCUUUCCCGGCCAAUGCACCAAAUGAAAAGCUCUCAGGGAGAACUUUCCCUCGGGAUGGAGACCCUCUAACUCCAAAGACCAGACCGAGACACCACAGGAUGCAAUCAGCAAGAGGAUUUGGUUUAUUGUCGGGAUACACAGGCACAGGCACCUGCGGGCGCUUCAGUCACUCGGGGGACUGGCGCGCCCCACGGAACCAAGGAUGGGCUUUUAUAGGAUUUUGGGGAGCAGAAGCAAGCAUACAGAAGCAGAUGCAUGGUUACAGGGAUAUCAUUGGUGGAUUCUAAUGUUUCUUAGCUACCUUCCUGAAACAUAACGGCUGACUCGGCCCCCAAAGGGUUCAGCCCGGGGGCAAGUUUCCUAGCUACCUUCCUGAAACAUAACGGCUGACUCGGCCCCCCAAGAGUUUAGCCUGGGGGCAAGUUUCCAAGCUACCUUCUUGAAACAUAACAACUGACUCGGCCCCCCACCAGGGUGUGGGACCUCUCCCGGGGCUUUUUCUUAUUGUCAGGUGCUCAACCCCAGUCAUCCUGUUGCCAGGCCUUCAACCAAACAUCUCCUGCUUGGCAGCCGCUGUAUACUCAGUGUUCUAACCUUUCCCUGAACCAGUCAUCUU